GUGGUUUGUUGCGUAGUCUUUCCUAGCUAACUGAUCCUCCUUGGCAUCCAGGUUCAGCCUAAAAUUCCAGAUUCGUACUAAUGAAUCCACCUACCGCACUCGUUGUUGAUGAUUCAGAAUUUAUGCGUAAAUUUCACAGUUGCCAUCUAGAAUCUCUUGGUUUCCAAACUCAGGAGGUUGAGAAUGGAGAAGAAGCAGUGCGACUCCAUGAGCAAGGAAAGAGAUUUGAUGUAAUCUUAAUGGAUUACGAGAUGCCUGAAAUGAAUGGGGCACAGGCCACGAGUAGAAUUCGCGAAAUGGGAGUUCAAAGCGUCAUCCUUGGUGUUUCGGGUAUCGAUGAUGAAACUGUUCGAGCAAAUUUUGUUCAGUCAGGCUUGACGGAAUUCUUCAGCAAGCCCUUGCGUCGUGAUAUGAUAAUCCCUUAUUCAAGGUUCGCAUAGAGGUCGAUUGUUGUUCGCAAUAUGAGAGAGUGAUGAGACAGAAUAAAGAGAGGAAGUUGAUGAAUUUCUUCUUUGUAGUUGCUACGAGUUAAGAGCAACCUAGCUAGGAGUUACAAAUUAAUUACUCGUAUCUUUCAAUAUCAAUGCAAUAAAUUUGUUUCUCAAG